AAGGUGAAGGCACUAGGUGGUGGUAGCGACUCAACUCGACACUUGCACGCCGGUCAAAGGUUAAAACUGAAUUACGUUCGGCCGUCGUUGGUUAGCUGAAAAUGGCUAAACAUCACCCAGAUUUGAUCUUCUGUCGAAAACAAGCGGGUGUCGCUAUCGGGAGACUUUGCGAGAAGUGUGAUGGGAAGUGUGUGAUCUGCGACUCUUACGUGCGACCGUGCACGCUGGUGCGUAUUUGUGAUGAGUGUAACUACGGCUCCUAUCAGGGGCGCUGUGUGAUCUGCGGAGGUCCCGGCGUGUCUGACGCUUACUACUGCAAAGAGUGCACCAUCCAGGAGAAAGAUCGAGAUGGCUGUCCCAAGAUCGUAAACCUGGGCAGCUCCAAGACAGAUCUGUUCUAUGAAAGGAAGAAGUACGGCUUCAAGAAGAGGUGAAGACAGGAGAAACACCGAGUUCAUAGUCGUUUUUUUUUUUUCCAAAAACUUUUUCUUAAUAAAAUGUUUUUUCUA